GAGCUUGAACGAGAACAACGAACAACGGAGCGAGUCGACUCGCGAGAGCUUUUACCGUUUGCAAACGAAACGGGUCUGUGGGACCAGAAGCAGGAAAGACAAGUAGCGCUUCUAGUGUGGAAGGAAUUGACGGGACAACAGCGAGUCCAGUAAGAAAUCGAUAUAACACCGGUGGAAAGCAGACCAGCGGUCUUUGUUACUGCCUCCAGGACAAGUGUCACUAGCAACAGACGGUUCUGUUGCAUCACGUUCACAGAAAAAGUUCCCACCCCCUCGCCAAAAUCCGGCUCCUAGAUCUGACAUCGAGGUUGAUAAGGAGAAGCCACCAUGUCCUAAACACAGAUGGGCCCUCUGGAGCCCUGUCCCCCCACCCUGGACCCCCUUUCCCUACUCCCUCUCCAAUCCACCACCUUACCCCCUAUCCCAGCUCCACCCGACUCCCAGGUCUCUCAGCACAUGUGACAGACAGGCUCCCCAGCCCUGGCACCCCGUUGGCACCCCCCUCCCCUCUCUCCGGAGAGAUGAGCUUACAGAAGCUGGAUGGUGGAAGCGGUGAGGUGAUGGGUUCUGACCGGGACCUACAGUCCAAUGCUUCUUCUAUCACCCUGCCAUCUGUAAAGAAGGCUCCCAAGAAAAGACGCAUCUCCCUGGCUUCUCUUUUCCGAAGACGAGGGCGUGACUCUAAAUCAGGGUGCCUAAGGUCCAAAGAGAUUCAGCAUCCUGGUCACGGAGAGCUAAAUGGAGUUGAUGGCAUUGCCAGUAUUGAAAGCAUCCACUCAGAGAUGUGUAAUGACAAGAGCUCAACCUUCUCUGUGACUAGUACCGGAGUUGCUUCUGCUGCUGUUGCUGCAUCCACCUCAUCUGCCUCUGGGUCUUCUUCCUCCUCAUCAUCUAAGGUAGUGAUUGUAGGGGGGGCCGAGAUUCUGGAGUGCCCUCUGUGCCUUCUGUGCCACUCAAGGGAGAGCUUCCCUGACAUUAUGACCUGUCACCACCGCUCCUGCAUCGACUGCCUGCGCCAGUAUCUGCGUAUCGAGAUCUCAGAGUCACGUGUCAAUAUAAGCUGCCCGGAGUGCUCGGAGCGCUACAACCCUCACGAUAUCUGUAUGAUCCUCUGUGAUCGAGUGCUCAUGGAGAAAUACGAGGAGUUCAUGCUGAGAAGGUGGCUGGUUGCUGACCCGGACUGCCGCUGGUGCCCCGCACCAGACUGUGGAUAUGCAGUAAUAGCCUUCGGGUGUGCCAGCUGUCCAAAGAUCACGUGCGGCAGAGAAGGCUGCGGUACGGAGUUCUGUUACCACUGUAAACAACUGUGGCAUCCUAACCAGACCUGUGAUGCAGCGCGACAGCAGAGAGCUCAGAGCCUCCAUCUGAGAACUGUUCGCUCGUCCUCCCUCAGUUACAGUCAGGAGAGUGGAGCUACAGCUGAUGACAUUAAACCAUGCCCUCGCUGUGCUGCGUACAUCAUCAAGAUGAAUGAUGGGAGUUGUAACCACAUGACCUGUGCCGUCUGUGGCUGUGAGUUCUGCUGGCUCUGCAUGAAGGAGAUCUCGGAUUUACACUACUUGAGUCCAUCAGGCUGUACCUUCUGGGGUAAGAAGCCAUGGAGCAGGAAGAAGAAGAUUCUGUGGCAACUGGGAACACUAGUGGGAGCCCCUGUUGGAAUUGCACUGAUUGCUGGCAUAGCGAUACCUGCCAUGAUCAUUGGAAUCCCUGUAUAUGUGGGAAGGAAGAUUCAUAACCGCUAUGAAGGCAAAGAUAUUUCCAACCACAAGAGGAACCUGGUGAUCGCUGGUGGAGUGUCCCUCUCUGUAAUCGUGUCUCCAGUGGUGGCUGCAGUUACUGUAGGCAUCGGCGUUCCCAUCAUGCUGGCGUAUGUCUACGGCGUGGUGCCCAUCUCUCUGUGUCGUAGCGGAGGCUGUGGGGUCUCAGCUGGGAAUGGAAAAGGAGUGCGAAUAGAGUUUGAUGAUGAGAAUGACAUGAAUGUUGGCAGCGGGACGGCUGCCACCGACAUGACAUCAGUAGCAGAUACCAGAAACAACCCUAGCCUCUGUGAGGGCAGCGUCGAGGGGAUGACGGGCAGCUUCAGUGCCAGCGGCAGCCACGUGGACCGUUUGGGGACCACCAGGGAUAACCUGAGUGAGACGGCCUCCACCAUGGCCCUGGCUGGAGCCAGCAUCACUGGCAGCCUCUCUGGCAGCGUCAUGGUCAAUUACCUGAACAGGCUGGAGGUGCAGGCUGAUGUGCAGAAGGAGCGCUGCAGUCUGAGCGGUGAGUCUGCCACCGUCAGCCUGGGUGCAGUCAGCGAUAACGCCAGCACCAAAGCAAUGGCUGGGUCCAUUCUUAAUGCUUACAUACCUGUGGACAGAGAAGGAAACAAUAUGGAAGUCCAGGUGGACAUUGAAUCUAAACCCACGAAAAGGCGUCACCAUAGUGGUAGCAGUAGCAUGGAAGACAGCCAUGUUGGUCACUGCGGCUGGCCGUACCCCUCCAAUGGCUGCACGUCUUCAGGAAGCAAAGGGACCUCUAAGUGGGCCAAAGAGGCAUCAUGCUGCUCCUCCUCCACCUGCUCAGGGGGCAAAAAGAGUAAAGGCAAGGUGCGUAAGAAUGGAGGUGGCGGUGGGAGCACGAAGAUCAACGAGACUCGAGAGGACAUGGAUGCUCAGCUCCUAGAGCAGCGCAGCACCAACUCCUCCGAGUUUGACUCUCCAUCUCUGAGCGGCAGCCUGCCAUCUGUUGCUGACUUCCACUGUAGCCACUUCUCAGAGUUCAGCUGCUCUGAUCUGGAAAGCAUGAAGACUUCCUGUAGCCACGGCUCUAGUGGAGGUGAUUACCACCUCUGCUUUGCCACAGUCAGCCCCCUACCAGAGGUGGAGAACGACCGCCUGGAGAUGUGUCCUGCUGCUUCAUUGCAGGGACACGGAGCCCUGAUUCCUCCUCAGUCUCCCACCUCCACCACCUCAUCUCUGGGUAAUGGCGCUGAGCUGUCCCCUCUUUGCUUCAUCACAGAGGAGCGCGUGAACCUGCCGUGUCCCUCUGAGCUGCUACAGGAAAGCAACAACAACCAGCAGCAGGCCCACAGCUCCUGGAUACAGACGGACAUUUAAUACCUUAAGUGCUGUACAGACUUACUUUGCAUCUAACAUUGUUUCUUUAAACUAACAGUUGCUGCUGCUAAAGCAGAUCUCUGACGUUGGGACGUGCGUCCUAAAAGCAGCUCUGGUUUGUGCUUCAUGGAGGCUUGGUGCUUCUAGAGCAGCUGUGAGAGAACCAUUGUGGUUCGUGUUUGUGUCCACUCGGCACUCCCUCAUGCACCAUGUCUAACAGAAUGCAGCCUGCUGAUUGGCCGCUGUAGGUUGAAAUAAAACCACUGUGCCAGUUU